AUAUAAUUGGAGUGUUGAUAAUAUCAAUGGUGGUGAUUUGUGGUGGCCAACAAGUGCCUGGUAAUCGCUGUAAUCUUUUUAAGGGGACGUGGGUUUAUGACCCAUCUUAUCCUCUUUAUCAAGUUUCAAAUUGUCCUUUUGUACAAAACGAGUUUAAUUGCCAAAAAAAUGGCAGACCAGACACAGAUUACCUCAAAUUCCGAUGGCAGCCAUCUUCCUGCAACUUACCCAGAUUUGACGGUCAGGAUUUCUUAAGGAGAUUAAGAGGAAAAAGCUUGACGUUUGUAGGAGACUCAUUGAGUUUAAACCAAUGGCAAUCUCUUACGUGCAUGCUUCACGUUGCAGUUCCCGCCGCCAAUUACACCAAUACCAGAACUUCUGAACUCUCCACCUUCUCCUUCCCUGCUUACAGGAGCAAAGUGAAAUUUUACCGUAAUGCAUUUUUGGUGGAUAUAAUAAGCACCAAAAAAGGACGAGUUCUGAAACUGGACUCCAUUGAAGGUGGGAAAAAGUGGAAGGAUGCUGAUUUUCUCAUUUUCAAUACAUGGCACUGGUGGCUUCACACCGGCAGGAAACAACCAUGGGAUUUUAUUCAAGAAGGGAAUGCUACCCACCGCGACAUGAACAGAUUAGUAGCGUUUGAGAAAGCUUUAAACACAUGGGCUAAAUGGGUUGAUCAAAACAUUGAUCCUGCAAAAACUACAGUUUUCUUUCAAGGAAUUUCCCCAGAUCAUGCCAAUGCGAGUGAUUGGGGAGAGCCAACCAAAAGGAAUUGUGGAGGCCAAACGAGACCAUUUACGGGACCUAAGUAUCCAGCAGGUCCACACCCGGCGGAGGUGGUGGCGGAGAAGGUGCUAAAAAGUAUGUCAAAGCCGGUGCAUUUGUUAGACGUAACGGGAUUAUCACAGAUGAGAAAAGACGGUCAUCCUUCUAGCUAUGGCAUGGGCGGCCAUAGAAGUAUGGAUUGCAGUCACUGGUGUCUUGCUGGAGUCCCCGAUAUUUGGAACCAACUUUUAUAUGCUACAAUUAUUCAAAAUUAACUUAGGCAUUAAAUUUCAUUGUUAUAUAAAAGUAAAAAUAAA